CGUUCUAGAUUGUGAACCAUCUUUGAACCAAGCUCGUUAUGAAAGCCUAUUUCAUAACACCUACCCGUGGACGCGCAGAGAGAGUACACGGCGUGAAGAGUGCCGAAGGAGGCUACAAGUGGUGGUACACUCCUAUGGCAACGGCAGGACUGUUGGCGGCCCUGCUCCUGAUCUUCACAAUUUUCGUGGAACGAACCAAGGCACCAGAAGCGUUGCUUGAUAUCGGAACCUUAGAAGGUCGCACACUAAAGGAUUUACAGGUUGAAGUGUUCUACGGUGUGCCAUACGCGCGGCCGGCCGUGGGACAACAGCGUUUCCGUAAAGUCGAUGCCAUGGAAUCGUCAUCAAGACACAUAGACGCUCGAAACAGACGGUACCCGUGCGUGCAGCCAAACUUCUAUGCGGGCCAAAAACUCAUUAUCGAUUCGUCAAACACUUCUGAAGACUGUCUGCAUCUCAAUAUCUACGUGCGAGAAAAAAACCAAUCGGACACAACCGGAGGCACUGGUCCUAGUACGGUGUAUGUUUGCUUCUUCGGCUGGAACUUUCUGUUCGGAGGAAACAGUUACUACUUCGUCGAUCCACGGUAUUUCGUACGUGCAACUGGAGCCAUUGUGGUAAUACCAAAUUAUCGUUUGGGCGGUUUCGGGUAUAUUCAAAACACGUUUGAGCACGCUCCGGGUAACAUGGGUCUGCUGGAUCAGGUGCUGGUUCUUCGCUGGGUACGAGAUAAUAUCAUUAGUUUCGGCGGUAACCCGCAUAAUAUCGUACUCCUAGGCCAAGGUACCGGAGCUGUUACUGCCGGCUACCACCUGAUGUCCCCGAUGACUCGCGGCAUAACACGUCGAGUUAUUCUACACAGUGGAUGUCCACUGAUGCCCUUUCCACAGGAUCCACCAGAAUCAGUGAAGGCCAUCGCAGAAAAGCUUGCUUGUGGUACAAAGGAAAGUGGACUUGACGACACUAUCGCCUUCCACUGUAUCCAUGGUUUGCCAAUGGAAUUUCUGAAGCCUUAUUUCGCACGACCGUACUACCCAGUAUUCGGCGACGCAUUCAUGCCCAUUAAGCCAGGUUACAACAUUAGGGAAGCCCACGGACAACCUACCCAAAUUUUAAUGGGUAAUGUUUUAGAAGAAGGUGUCUUGCUCAUGUCUCACGAGCUUCGAGAACUACCGCAUAAUGCACUGAUGACGAGCAACCUGACGUACAUCAUCUCGACGGUAGAGAAAUACCUGAAACACUAUUAUAUACCUAAUGUAACUGACAUCGUUAAGUACUAUUACCACAAGGCCAAUCAGAGUGACGCGCCACUGACAUUGUUGAAUGUUGCAUCAAAAUUGGUGGGAGACCUUCUGUUCGUUUGUCCCAUGCAUCUGUACGCCAAUCUCACGGCAGAUGCCGGGAAUCAAGUAUUUUACUACAUGUUUGCUGCCAAGCCACCGAACAGUCUCCACCCGGAGAUCGAAACCACAACCCAGAUGGACGACAUCAUGACACUCUUUGGUGUUGGAGGCUACGACAGCAACCUCACUACGAGCAUGCGCCGAUUCUGGACCAAGUUCGCUAAAGACGGGGACCUCAGCGGACAAGAUUGGGACCAGUACCUUUCGCAAAGCAGAUACUACAAAUCUUUUCCAAAAACAACCAUUGACAAAGAAUCCAUAAAGGACGACAGUUGUUAUAUUUGGAUGCCCUACUUGAAAAAUCUAUAUGAAAUGAAGCUGUCAACUGAAGGACCUUGAAAUACUGA